AUGCGCUGGAAGACCCUCAAGGAAGGGAUCCAACAGCUGAGGGAAGUGGCAGUAUUGGAGGUACUCUUUGGGAGGGAUGGACGACACAAUAAUGACCCUGACAAGGUCAGGUGUACAGGACAAAUGCUGUGGAGUCUAGCAAAUCUUGGGCCAUCUCAAUACACCACUUUCAUUGCAACAACCAAUGCUGACGCUCACCGAGAGACAGUGGGCUCUGUUGCCAACAAACUUAGGAAUUAUGAGAGUAUGAUUAAUGGCCCAAUGCAGGCUCAUAUCUCAGCUGUGAUUAAGGAGUUUAAAGAGGAGAUGAGGGAGGAGAUAAGGAAGGUUAAUGCAGCACCCACAGCGAAAAGGAAAGCGGGGCAGAAAUUCCCUCAAGUCCACCACUACCUGUUGCUCUUCCCAACACCGAACGGCCCGGAAGGCUCGUUCACCGUGGCAAAGAGCCACGGGACCCUUGGCGGCUGGAACGCCCGUGCGGCCGCCGUGCGAGAUGGGCGCCCGAGGGAGCGCUCACACCACGGGGCAGCGGGUGACAAACGCCAGCUCCGGCCGCUAACUGGCCUCGCUGAGCCACCUGCGACAGAACCGCGGCGCCAGGCCGGGGCACGGGGCACGGGAGGAGCCGGGGGCACGGGGGCAGCGGGAGGAGCGGGGGGAGCGGGGGCACGGGGAGACGGGAGCACGGGAGGAGCGGGGAGCAUGGGAGGAGCGGGGGCAGCCGUUGUCCCGCCCUGCGGCCGCCAGGCCGCCCUGCCUUCCCUCCCUCCCUCCCUCCCAGCUGUCCAGAGAGCGCGACGCGCCCGGACAGCGCCCGCCAGGAUCUUAGCCCGGCACGGGUCGCCCGUCCCUUGUCUCCGCUCCCUUCGCCCCUCGCCGCUCCGCGCCCCGUUACCUGGGACAGCUCCCGAUCCCGGCGCGGCGGGGCGGACGGGGCGGGACGGGCCGGAGCGGGCGGAAGAGCGGCCGCCGCGAGUGCGGCGCCUGCGCGCUCCGCGUCCCGCGGGGCCCGUUUCCGUGCGCGCGCCAUUUUCGGGUGUGGGGGCGGGGCGCUCGCCGCGCGGGGGCCGCGCGGAGCGCGCGCGGCGGGGCCCUCACGGGGCCGGGCGGAGCGCGCGCGGCGGGGCCCUCACGGGGCUCCCGCGGGGCCCUCACGGGGCCGGGCGCUCCCGCUGCUCCCCGCGGGGGCGGGCCCGGCCCGCGCCCAGGCGGAGCGGCCCAGGCAGCUCGGGCACGCCCGUUCCUGUGGGCGCGGUGCGCGGGGAGCGCCGGCGCAGCGAGGCGGGAGAUUCAAACGCUGCGCGCGCGGAGCGCCCGGGCGGCUCGGGCUGCGCGCAUCCCGCGGGAAGAGCCGUGGGCGCUUGA